AUGCAAUCCCCAUCAAUCAAACCUGUUCUCAUCACCAGGAGUGACAAGUACCACUGCAGACCUCUAUCUGUCAAGCUGACCGGUUCCUUCUCCAGCACAGAGUAUAUCUCUUCUUUGAUAAAUCCUGCUACAGUCUUCACAGUCCUGCCAUACAAAGGGAGUGCCAUCAAGUAUUCUCGAUCACAGUGUCCUGCCCCCAAAGAGCUCCCGGGUCUUCUCUUAAGCUGCGAGACCCUAGAGCAAUGUCAGGAAUUUCACUACAACAGUUCUCGGCGAGCAGUCAUGCCCGUCACGGUUUGCUUGGAGAAUAGUCUUAGUGUAGAGGCAGAUACCUACGUCUUUCCUGUUGAGAGCAUUGAAGAAGAAUACUGGGAUGAUUGGGAGUUACGUGCGUAUGUAUCAUCUGAGAGACCCUAUUCCAUGUCUUGCCCAGCAUCAGAAGAGACGGUAUCGGACAUGUCAAUCAUCGCAGAUGAAGAUUUCACGGAGGACGACUCGGUGAGCGCAAAUCUGCCCAUUGAGGACCAAAAGAGAUGGCCCAUUGGAUAA